AUGUCUUCAGAGGCUUCGGAAAACGCCGAAAUGUCCCGUAUCCGUAGAAUCGCGGAAUGGAUGGAAUCAGAUACGGAGUCUGAUGAUCUCCAUGGCUUGCGUAGUCGUCUCAUAAUUCGUUUGCAGAUGGAGGUAGGACGACACUACAUACGGCGCCGUCUACUAGCAGACGACAACUUCAAUAUCAAUACAAGUAUUAAUAAUUUCAAUAAUAUUGGUAAUAAUGGGCCGUUGGCGGCGGCGGCAUCCAAGGCCUCCAUAGACGCCAUGCCAAGAGUGACCGUCACGAGCCAAGGCGCCGAGUGCAGUAUCUGCUUGGAAGGCUUGGAGGUCGGCGCUGAAGCCAGAGAGAUGCCCUGCAAACACAGGUUUCACUCGCUUUGUAUCGAAUUGUGGCUCGGCAGGCGAGGCUCCUGCCCGCUUUGCAGGUUCUCUAUGCCCUUGGAAGGAACACCAAUGGAUUAA